AAUAUAUACAUAUAACAUACUACAUAAAGUCACGCAUCGAUCAAACUCUUGUAACUAAAACCAAGUUGGUAAUACUAUGGUGAUGGGUACACCGUCUUCGUUGGAUGAGAUCAGAAAGGCACAGAGAGCAGAUGGCCCAGCAGGUAUCUUGGCGAUAGGCACGGCUAACCCUGCCAACCAUGUGAUCCAAGCGGAGUAUCCUGACUACUACUUCCGCAUCACCAACAGCGAACACAUGACUGACCUUAAAGAGAAGUUCAAGCGCAUGUGCGACAAGUCGACUAUAAGGAAACGCCACAUGCACCUAACCGAAGAGUUUCUAAAGGAGAACCCAGACAUGUGCGCCUACAUGGCUCCUUCUCUCGACGCUCGACAGGACAUCGUGGUGGUCGAAGUCCCUAAGUUAGGCAAAGAGGCGGCAGUGAAGGCCAUCAAGGAAUGGGGCCAGCCCAAGUCCAAGAUUACCCACGUUGUCUUCUGCACUACCUCAGGAGUCGACAUGCCUGGUGCUGACUACCAGCUCACAAAGCUCCUCGGUCUUCGUCCUUCCGUCAAGCGUCUCAUGAUGUACCAGCAAGGUUGCUUCGCCGGCGGCACCGUCCUCCGUCUCGCCAAGGAUCUCGCUGAGAACAACCGUGGCGCGCGUGUUCUCGUUGUCUGCUCCGAGAUCAUAGCCGUCACGUUCCGUGGCCCCUCUGACACCCACCUUGACUCCCUCGUUGGACAGGCUCUCUUCAGUGACGGCGCCGCCGCGCUCAUUGUCGGUUCGGACCCGGAUACCUCUGCUGGAGAGAAGCCCAUCUUCGAGAUGGUGUCUGCGGCCCAGACCAUACUACCAGACUCUGACGGUGCCAUAGAUGGACACUUGAGGGAAGUGGGACUCACCUUCCAUCUCCUCAAGGACGUCCCUGGGCUCAUCUCCAAGAACAUCGAGAAGAGUCUAGACGAAGCGUUUAAACCCUUAGGGAUAAGCGACUGGAACUCCCUCUUCUGGAUAGCUCACCCUGGUGGUCCAGCGAUCCUUGACGAGGUUGAGAAAAAGCUAGGGCUCAAGGCUGAGAAGAUGAGAGCCACGCGUCACGUGUUGAGCGAGUACGGUAACAUGUCUAGCGCGUGUGUUCUCUUCAUAUUGGACGAGAUGAGGAGGAAGUCAGCGGAAGAUGGUGUGGCUACGACAGGAGAAGGGUUGGAGUGGGGUGUCUUGUUUGGUUUCGGACCAGGUCUUACUGUAGAGACAGUGGUCUUGCACAGCGUUCCUGUUUGAACAGAAACGCUUCCUUCCUAUAUGCCUACCUACCUACAUAUACCAUAUCAUCUUGUCUCAUGUUUCUUCAAAUCAAUAUAUUAAUAUAUAUGUAAUGCAAUAAUUAAGGAAGAAUUCAU